AUGACUCAUGAUGGAGCUAGUGGCAGUAAGAGUAAGUUAGGUAGAAAGGAUAAGGGCAAGACCCAAUUUAAGGUCAAUGAAGGUAAAAUCCAUAAAGAGAAGAAGUAUUACUUUCGUAACAAUUUUGUUCAUCUCAUGACUCAUGAUGGAGCUAGUGGUAGUAAGAGUAAGCAGGCUAGGCUCACCCGACCAUUUGGGGUUGCGGAAGAAGUGGCCUGCAAUCCCUCCACCGUUGGGAGAGGGAGGUGGUCGCUCUCUGUGAAACCAGCCUCACGCUGUGCCCUCCACUCUAAGAGACAAGAGACCUAA